AAAAGGCACCUACACUACAUUAUUCAAUGUCACAAUGUCUUCCCGGUGGUCUUUGGUAGCAGCUGACAUUCACUGGCAGUCCUGUCAGGGCAUAUAUGUACCGAUCACUUUGAAGAAGUCUACUAGCACUGCGUGCAACAAAUCCAUUAAAUCACGUGAUCCACUGUUGUUGUCCCAGUGACAGCAUGUCAACAGAGGUUCGCGAUUCAGUGAACUUGAUCGGUCAAUUCCUCCACCCAAGAUAAACUCCAGACUUGUUUCGCCCUUCUGCAAGGAACCUUCCACCGCGAACUUUCUGGUCAACCGCAUCUUUAUUCCCUUGCAUGUCCUGGUGAUGCCAUCCUGCGUAUGAGAGAACAACCUAACGGCGCCUACCUAAUUGAACCAAACGCUCCUUCUCGGUUGGUCAACAUGGCUCUUGUUCCUGCUGAGAAUGAUAAGUAUGAAGUCCAAGAGAUUAUUGGCCGCGGCGCAUUUGGCAUCAUUCGCAAGGUCCGACGGAGACGCGACGGUCAUGUCCUCUGUCGGAAAGAGAUAAACUACCUCAAGAUGUCACAAAAGGAACGUGAUCAGCUGCAUGCGGAAUUCUCUAUUCUCUCAUCUCUCAAGCACCCGAAUAUCGUUGGCUACUUUCAUCGCGAACAUCUCAAACACACCCAAGAGCUGUACCUGUACAUGGAGUACUGCGGAGGAGGGGAUUUGGGAUGCGUAAUCAAAGAACUUAAAAGGAAGAAUGAAUACGCCAAGGAAGAGUUCGUCUGGAGAAUAUUCAGUCAACUGGUUACCGCUUUAUACCGCUGUCAUUACGGGGUCGACCCACCGGAGCCGGGGGAUGACCUGUCUCGACAGAAGGAAGUACGUCCACCGGCAAAAGGCAAGAUGAUUCUGCACCGUGAUCUCAAACCAGAGAACAUCUUCUUGGGUGAAGAUCAGUCCGUCAAACUAGGUGACUUUGGCCUGUCCAAGCUGAUGCAGUCUCAUGACUUCGCCUCCACUUACGUCGGCACUCCAUUCUACAUGUCACCCGAGAUCUGUGCAGCAGAGAAAUACACCCUGUAUUCCGACAUCUGGUCAUUGGGUUGCAUCAUGUAUGAGUUAUGCACCAAGGAACCGCCCUUCAACGCAAAUUCUCAUCUGCAGCUUGUGCAACGAAUCCGAAAGGGAGAGUUCAAGCCGAUACCGAGCAUCUACUCCAAAGAUCUGGCAAAUGUCAUUGCUAGCUGUCUGAAGACCAAUCCCAUGCACCGUCCCGAUACUAUCUCGCUGCUGACAGUCCCUUAUGUAUGGAUUGCCCGACGGCAGCAGGAGAUGGUGAGUAUCGGCAAAGUGCUGAAGACACGGGAAGAGGUGGCAGAGCAGAAACUGAAGCAAGCCGAGGAAAGACUUUCGGCACUAGAGGCGGACCGCGCUGUGAUGAGGACGGAGAUUGAUGCUCAACUUCGACGCGAAUGGGAGGUCAAAGCACGACUGGAGAUCGACCGGCAGGUCCAAAUGGAACUGGAGAACCUGCGCAAGAGGUUCGAAAAGGAAGUUGAUGAACGCGUCGCUCAAGCUCUAUCCAAGCAUACCCACAACGCCGACAUGAGAGCGCUCAGAGAGAACCACCUUGCGCCUGGCCCUGGGUUCAACAAGGAGAAUCUUGAUCCCCACUCGUCUGUCAAUACCGCCGGAGAGGAGGACUUUCCAUCAACUACCGAUAUUACCGACCUAUCGGACCUUUCAUUGAACUCUCCGGCCACCUCCACGACGAAGCGUGGGCCAGCAAAGAGGACAAAGACACCUUUUGCUCGCUCCAAAACUACGGUGGACUCGCCGAUGGACAUCCAAAUGACAGAACCGUCUCCCAUGUCCAUCUCAUCUCUUGCGCUCUCACCGCGCAGAAAUGCUGCGGCCCAAGCUACUGCGAAUCCUACGGUGACGGCCACAGGUGCAAAGAACAUCUUCACCGAGGCAGAGCGUAAGAAGGCACGAUGGGAGCCUCAGCUCGCGUACUCUUCCGACGACGGCGAGCACGACGGACUUGGAGAAGACUCGGAUGACGACGGCUUCCCAACACUUCCCAGUCCCACUAGACCCAAAUCCAACGUUCUGAGCAGUGAUCCUUUCAAACAGCCGCACCCGUUGCCUUCGAAAAGCAGACCAGGGUUGUUGCGACAGAACACCACAGCCACCAUGCAGAAGCUGACGGCUAAGCCAACGCUGUUUCCUUCCAGCGCGGCUGCUGCACAAUUAAGGGCAGGUAUCUCGGCAGCCCGGCGGACUGCGGCAGAGAGCGACAUCAGACCCGCAACAGGGAAGCCUUCGAGCCCAAGCCGACGCCUCAGUAAGAUACCAAGCCGGACCGACCUGAGAGAUCGUAACACAUCAGAUGAUGGCAGCACUAGCCCCUUGAGGCGUGUGGCAACCACUGGCGGCAGACUCCCUAGUAAAUUGGCCGCUGGUCGGGAGCCUGUGGCGAGCAACGGGGUUGGCGGGCGCACAUUGGUAGAACUGGCACAAGCUCGAGCUGGUGGCCGACCAAUGAGUGCCGACUCCGGUGUCUACGUCGACUCGGGAGUGAAGAAUGUCCCAGGCCGGCGAUCAAGUGACAAAGAGCUUCCUCCUGUUCCUGUGUGGGAUCCCGACGUCCUGGGAGACGACCUACCAAGUCCCUUCCUCAAACGAGACACGAGAACGUUCCGCGGAAUGCGAUGAAGAACGCAACAGCUCAUUAGGAACGAAUUGAUGAGGUUAUGUGUUUAUGUACAUCUGGAGAACAGCUGUUGCCCUUUUGCCCUUGCAUCAAUAGUGGCAGAGGAUAUCGAACUUGAAAGGCUUCGCGGCUGAGUGUCCCCUGUUGAGGAUUCAUGGAGGCUCCUCGGCUUACCAGGCUAGAGCAUAUUUGUCAUGAGGCCUAUUACCAGGGAGAGGGUGUCUGUGUUUUUUGUUUCCCGUGCGGCAAAGGAAGCUUGCGGCAUCUGAGCAAAUGAAUUUGAGCGAGUUCAUUGGGCUGUGAGUUCUGGCGUUAUUGGGUACAGGUUUCUCGUCCAAAAAUGGAUUUCCCGAGUUAGAGAGGCUUAGGGUAAUUCUCUAGCAAAUCGAUUGGAUUUGAAGAAUUACGAGCCGAUCAUGGCUUCUUUGUUGAUUGUUUAGACGACCAGGCCAGGCGUGAGAUACGCAAAGGCGUCCCGUUUGCUUCUUUUUAGGUUCUGUCCACAUCAUAUUGAUAUCAUGCUUCUUCAUCC